AGUUCAGUAGUUCUAAUGUCUAAACUGGGUUUAGGGUUUUAGAACGAGCACAGAGGUUUUACUCUGAGACUGGCGUGUAAAUCGGAAGCAGCACGUCUAAUACUCAUAUAUAUAUAUAUAUAUCAAAAACACAAGAAUCAGGGAUCUUGGUCCUUGCAGCGUUGUACGCUCAAUUAUCUGCUACAAUAAUCUGGUAGUGGGAGCUUCCUCAUGGAUGCAUUGUUAGGAUUCGAGGAGCAAACUCUAGUGGUUGAUGCUGAUGACCAAGUGAAAUCAUCAUCAUCAUCGUCGCGUAGUUACAAGUUGGUGCCAUGGUUGAACUGGGAUGAGUGGGAAUGGGUUAGAGAUUCUCUUUUUUCAGAUUCUCCAGAAAAUAUAGCAUCUGCCAUUAAAAGAAUAUCAACAUGGCGAAGCAGGGGAUGCCUACCAGUUGUUAUUGAUGUCACAGCUUCAAUCAUCGAAAUUCAGCAAAAGGAUCCUUUCUACAGAAAUGACCUACCAAGCGAUGCUAUACAUUCAGAGCAAAUGCUGGCCAUGCUAUAUUGCAUGGCAAUCUUGAGGCUUGUGAACUGUGUUGUUGAGAAGACACGGAAAAAAACUGAAAUUUCAAUUGCUGAGGCAGCUGGUGCAAUUGGCAUUCCACGCACACUGAUUGACAUUCGUCAUGAGGGUUCUCACCGUGAUCUGCCUGCCCUGACUCUAGUUAGGGAUUCAGCAGUUAAGGCAAUUCAUUGGUUGAAAUCUUAUUAUUGGGAGCCUCAGACAGAACAGAUUCCGUUCCAAAGAGAUGGAACUGCUGAAAUCAGGAAAGAAAUCAAAGCAAAACUCCGGGAAUUGGCAUCAUGCUUGAAAGUUAGGCAGAAUUCCCUACCUGGUUCUUCACUAAUCAAAGGAAAAUGUGGCAAACAUCGGGAACAGCUUUGUGGCCGUAAUAAAUUUUUUUCUCUUAUGGCCAGCAAGCUGAAUUUGUCCAAAUCUGGGGGUUCUAAGAAGCACACUGUGAAGACCUUGAAAAAUCUGGUUCAUUUAUAUUCCUCCUCCUCCUCAGAAGUACUAUCUGUACUGUUGGAGUUCUUGCUCAAGGCUUUGGAUUCAUCAAAUUUGGUGCAGCUUCCCAGAGAUGACCUAAUUGGCCAAGAGUUGCACAAACAGUUGGAUGAUUGGAAGCUUGUGAUAACAAAAUUAUCAAACAAGGAACCAGAAUUACUUCCAGUGCUUCUUAAGGCCAUUUUAAAUAUGAUUGAGACUCAAGAAGCCACGAAAUACGAAACAGGAACAUAUUUGGCAUCAAUGGAGUCUAGCACAGGAACUGGCAAAAUUGAACAACUUUCUUUUUUGUUCAUUUGGCUUGUUGGACAACUUAAGUUACUGAAGCCCUUUCGCCACGUACAUACAAAAAAGACUGAAGUCUCUGCAACAGAAACAUAUCUGUCAAAUCCAAUACUGAUAGAGGUGCUACGAAAAUGCCUUGUGAUAUCAUGUGGCAACAAGCAACUUAUGGAUUCAGCACUUCAUCUUGCUGAGUUGACCGGUAACAGCCGGUUGAUGGAGAAACUCAGCAAACUAAGUUUUCCCAGUUCUUCAGAUUUAGAUGUAGCUGAAGAAAUUUACUCUCUUAAGUGUUCUAGUAACCUCCUUGUCCAGCAAGAUGAGUCUAUCAAGCAAGCUGCCAAUAAACUAGAGUUGGUAAAACAUAGCCUAGCUAACCGCAGAAUUGUGAAGACAACAGAUGGUGCUUUGGGAAGAGUAGGCAGAUGGUCUGUGGUGAAAUCAUGGAACCCCUGUCCAAUUGGUAUGUUGCCUCAUGAUCUUGGGUCUUCUGGAUGUCUUCCUGUCCUUGACCAUAAUGAUGUUAGCAAGAAGCCUGUGGAUUCGUCAGAAAGACCUCAAAUCUCAGAAGUGAAACAUAGUGUUGCAGAAGAACAUAGUUCCGAUAUUCAAGGUGAUAACCCAGGUGCUGAGACAAGGAGCAAGAGGGAAGCUAGUAAUGAUAUUUGUUUAUUGGAUAGGUCAAUUGUUAAGAAGAUGAGAGAGACUUUAGAUUCUAGUGAAUCAUAUGAAGAUGUUAUGUUGCCGGCAGAUAUUAGAGGUUGUCUGAUGAUAAAUGGUGUGUGGAAGAAAGUUGGGGAGGAAGAGCUACUUGCCUAUGAGAGUGUAAGGAUUUUGGUUUAGUUAAUGCUUUAUUUAUAAUUCAACUGUGCAAUUUAUUUAUGAAGAUCGUGUAAUCAUGAA